UCACAACAGUUUCAAGGCCCCCUAAGUUAGGAAACUUAAAAUACCCUAUAAGAGGAGCAGAGAAGUACAGAGCGCUUUGAACAAUAGGUUACUUUUGCGCCCGGUGAAUGGUUCAGAGGGCUACGUCACGUCAAAAACAACGGCAGCAAACCAGGAAGGAUGGACAUAUUGAUGUUUGUCAAUGAUCAAAUUAAAGGGUUCAUAAUUAAAAAAGACUUUCCUGAACCGCCCGUGGACGCAGAGCCUGGAGAUGUUAUAAUUUUACGAAAUGACAGAAUGCUAAGGGAGCCUACCUAUCAUGCUGGAGUUUGUUGUGCUGAUGGAGAGGUCAUACAUUUGUCAGAUAGCAGUGGAGGUGUGAUGAAAUCAAAACCUGGAAAUGUUUGUAGGCAAAAUAUUAAUGGGUUUACACAAGGCAAAUCAUACAGGCUUUUGCAGAAAGAGCACCCCCUCCCUGCCUCAUUUGAAACCAAAGUCAAGCAAGCAAUGAAUUCAGACCAAUGUCAUGAUAAGACAAAACACAAUUGCAUUGACUUUUCUCUUGAUCUGAUUGAAUUCAAGUCUGAGACUUUGACCAAUUCAAGUUCAGCAAAACUUCAAGGAUCAACACCUGAAGAUCAUAAGGAGGGUUUGCCUUCUCACCAGAGACAGCACCCAUCAACAACCAAGGAAAACUCUGGUGGAUGUACUGAGGACAUGAUCCCUCUCGUAUCCCCACCUCCAAAGAAGGUUGAAGAACCUCCACAGGACAAGGAAUCCAUUGAGCAGAAACUGUAAUGAAUCACCACCACGAAGAAUGGAUGAGGAAGAAGGAAGAUUUUAUCAAAUCAAAGUUGAUCUGUAUAGUCCUUUUUUAUUUAAUGCUUCACAGACGCUUGACCUAAAAUAUUCAUCACAGCCCAAUAAAACAAUGUAUGCUUACAUAUUUUUCUUUUUACUGCAGCAAUGUGUGUUCUAACAUGCCAGUAAAACAUCACAAAUUAAAGCUAAUUAUGAGGAAUGUCUUUCAGAAGGCUCUAAAGGUGUUCAUGCACAUACCCAAGUGGAAAUGUUUUGUGUAUUAGAAUACAUUUGAAAACUAGUUAACACAGCCUCAUAGUGGCUGUAGCAUGUAUGUGGGUUUUGUAAAGUGCCAACAUGUGUGGGUGUCCUCUGGAUUGAUAAACUGAAGAAUCAAAAUAAACACAUAAUGAAUAUGCUAAUAAAUACAAUUUACAUCAA